AUGAAGGACCUCGUCGUGCAGGAUGCGCCGAAGCGCAUCAAGCACAUCCAGUUCGGCGUGCUCUCGUCGCAGGAGAUUGUCAACAUGAGCGAGAUGGAGUGCACGACGCGCGACAUGUACACCAUCAGCCAGGCCGCCGGCGCGUCGGGCGUGCCGGAGCGCGUGCCGCAGGAGGGCGGCGUGCUGGACCGACGCAUGGGCGUCAGCGACAAGCAGACGCCAUGCGUCACCUGUGGCCUCAAGAUGGCAGACUGCGUGGGCCACUACGGCUACAUCCGCCUCGUGCUGCCCGUCUUCCACGUCGGCUUCUUCAAGCACGUGCUCGGCAUCCUGCAGUGCAUCUGCAAGAACUGCGCCACAGUCCUGCUCGACGAGACGGCGCGGCGAAAGUACCUGCGCCUCUUCCGGCGACCAAACCUGGAGAACCUGCAGCGCACGUCGACGUUCAAGGCCGUCAACGGCGCGGCGCGCAAGGUGCUCUACUGCCCGCGCUGCGGCAGCACCAACGGCGUCGUCAAGAAGGUCGGCUCGCUCAAAAUCACGCACGAGAAGUUCCGCCAGAAGAAGACGGAGACGGAGCGCGAGGCGUUCAAGAAGACGUUUGAGAUGAACAUCAAGCUCGGCGGGCCGGGCGGCAACAACGACGUGACGCCGCACCUGGCGCGCGCGCAGGAGGACCUGAACCCGCUGCGCGUGCUCGACCUCUUCAAGCGCAUCAGCGACGAGGACUGCGAGCUGCUCGGCCUGCGCCCCGAGUACGGCCGGCCGGAGGAGUACAUCUGGCAGUACAUCUGCGUGCCGCCGGUGUGCAUCCGGCCGUCGGUGGCGCAGGAGGGCGCGACGAACGAGGACGACCUGACCGUGAAGCUGACCGAGAUCAUCUUCACCAACGCGCUGCUCAAGAUGGGCCUCUCGCGCGGCGGCAAGGGCACGACGACGUCGAUGCUUGUCGAGCAGUGGGACUUCCUGCAGCUCUCCGUCGCCCUCUACAUCAACUCCGAGAUGCCCGGCGCGCCGACGCAGCCCGGCGCCAAGCCCAUCCGCGGCUUCUGCCAGCGGCUCAAGGGCAAGCAGGGCCGCUUCCGCGGCAAUCUGUCGGGCAAGCGAGUCGACUUCUCGGCCCGCACCGUCAUCGGGCCGGAUCCGAAUCUGAAGAUCGACGAGGUCGCGGUGCCCGAGCGUGUGGCCAAGAUCCUGACGUAUCCCGAGCGCGUCUUUGCGCACAACAUCGAGGCCAUGCGCGCCGCCAUCAUGAACGGCUGCGACACACAUCCGGGCGCCAACUUUGUCAUCGACGUCAAGACGGGCUGGAAGCGCAUGCUGCGCUCGGCGUCGUCGCGCAGCUCGGCGGCGACGGCGCUCAAGAUCGGCGACAUUGUCGAGCGCCACAUCCGCGACGGCGACAUUGUCCUCUUCAACCGGCAGCCGUCGCUGCACAAGCUCUCCAUCAUGUCGCACCGCGCCAAGAUCCGCCCGUGGCGCACGUUCCGCCUCAACGAGUGCGCCUGCAACCCGUACAACGCCGACUUUGACGGCGACGAGAUGAACAUGCACGUGCCGCAGACGGAGGAGGCGCGCACCGAGGCCACCGUGCUCAUGGGCGUCAAGCACAACCUCGUCACGCCGCGCAACGGCGAGCCCAUCAUUGCGGCCAUCCAGGACUUCAUCACGGCGUCGUUCCUCAUCUCGCGCCGCGACCGCUUCUUCGACCGCGGGCAGUUCGCGCAGAUCUGCUCGUACUUUGCCGACGCCGACCUGCAGAUUGACAUUCCGCCGCCGGCGAUCCUCAAGCCGCAGCGCCUCUGGACGGGCAAGCAGGUGUUCAGCUGCAUGAUCAAGCCGAACAGCGCCGCCAAGGAGCUCGUGAACCUCGAGGCGCAGUGCCGCACGUUUGAGAAGCCCAAGGACGGCCACAUCAAGGACAUGAGCCCCAACGACGGCUGGCUCGUCAUCAUCAACUCCGAGGUCAUGUGCGGCGUCAUGGACAAGAGCACGGUGGGCGACGGCAAGAAGAACAGCGUGUUUGGCGUCAUGCUGCGCGACUACGGGCCCGACUCGGCGAUCCGGGCGAUGAACCGGCUGGCGAAGAUGUGUGCGCGCUGGCUGGCGCAGCAGGGCUUUUCGCUCGGCAUCAACGACGUCAUGCCCGGGCACCGGCUGCGCUCCACAAAGGACAGCAAGGUCGAGGUGGCGUACGCCGAGUGCAUCUCGCUCAUCGAGAAGGCCAAGCUGGGCAAGCUCGAGAACCUGCCGGGCUGCGGACAGGAGCAGACGCUCGAGAACAUGAUCUCCGGCGUGCUGAGUGCCGUGCGUGCCGACGUGGGAGAGAUCUGCAUGACGGAGCUCAGCCGGCACAAUGCGCCGCUCAUCAUGGCCGUCUGCGGUUCGAAGGGUUCGAAGAUCAACGUCGCUCAGAUGGUCGCCUGUGUCGGACAGCAGAUUAUCGCCGGCUCGCGUGUGCCGAACGGCUUUCAGGACCGCUCGCUGCCGCACUUUGCCAAGAAGUCGAAGGACCCGCCGAGCAAGGGCUUCGUGCGCAACAGCUUCUUCUCGGGCCUCACGCCCACCGAGUUUCUCUUUCACGCCAUCUCGGGCCGUGAAGGCCUCGUCGAUACGGCCGUCAAGACUGCCGAGACAGGCUACAUGGCGCGUCGGCUGAUGAAGGCACUCGAGGACCUGUCGACGCACUACGACCUCUCCGUGCGCAACUCCGUCGGCGGCGUCGUGCAGUUCAUGUACGGCGACGACGGCCUGGACCCGGCGGAGCUGGAGGGCAAUGCGCUGCCCGUCGAGUACCUGCGCUCGUGGCGGCACUGCAAGGCGCUCACGCAGCACGUCGAGGAGCGCGGCCUGCUGCCGUACGAGAUUGCCGAGAUGGUCGCCGCCGAGCUGGCGUCGCCGCGCUGGAUCAAGGAGACGACGGAGAAGUACCGCGACCAGGUGCAGGAGUUCAUGACGGCCAUCGUCGACAAGGCGGCGGCGAUCCGCGAGGCGCACGGCCUCUACCCGGCGCUCGAGCGUGAGGACGAGUGGGACGAAGACACGGACCUGACGAUGGGCGCGAGCAUCGCGGCACUUGCCAUCGUCGACAACCAGACCAAGGUGAAGCGCGUGGCGGUGACCGAGUUCCUGGACACGUGCUACGUCAAGUACAUGCGCGCCAAGGUCGAGCCGGGCUCGGCCGUCGGCGCCGUCGGCGCGCAGUCGAUCGGCGAGCCGGGCACGCAGAUGACGCUCAAGACAUUCCACUUUGCCGGUGUCGCGUCGAUGAACGUGACGCUGGGUGUGCCGCGCAUCAAGGAGAUCAUCAACGCCGCCAAGCAGAUCAACACGCCGAUCAUCACCGCCAAGCUCGUCAAUGCCGAGAGCGAGACGACGGCGCGCAUCGUCAAGGGCCGCAUCGAGAAGACGUACCUCGGCGACGUGGCGUCGGUCAUCGAGGAGGCAUGGGCGUCGUCGUACGUGUACCUCGGCGUGCACAUCGACAUGGAGGCCGUGCGCCGCCUGCAGCUCGAGGUCACGCUCGACGAGAUCAAGUGGGCCAUUGUGCGCGCGCCGAAGCUGCGCAUCAAGGAGGACCGCGUCAUUGUCAUUCCGUCGAAGAAUCGCAUCCGCAUCUACAUCGAGGACAAGACGCAGAUGUACUACCAGCUCAAGCUGCUCAAGCGUGCGCUGCCCAAGGUCGUCGUCAAGGGCAUCCAGACGGCCGUGCGUGCCGUAAUUUCGGACGAGAAGGGCCAGCGCAAGCUGCUCGUCGAGGGCUACGGCCUCAAAGACGUCAUGACGACCGAGGGUGUCAUUGGCACAGCCACGGCGACGAACCACAUCAUGGAGAUGCAGACGGUGCUCGGCAUCGAGUCUGCGCGCACGGCCGUGUUCCGCGAGAUCGACUACACCAUGUCGUCGCACGGCAUGAGCAUCGACCCGCGCCACGUCAUGCUGCUGGCCGACGUCAUGACGUACAAGGGCGAGGUGCUGGGCAUCACCCGCUUUGGCGUCGCCAAGAUGAAGGACAGCGUCCUGAUGCUUGCCAGCUUCGAGAAGACGACGGACCACCUCUUCGACGCGGCGCUGUUCGGCAAGACCGACUCGAUCCAGGGCGUGUCCGAGUCGAUCAUCAUGGGCAAUGCGGCGCAGAACCUGGGCACGUCGAUGCCCAAGCUCGUCACGCCGCGCCCCAAGCUGCCGCCGCGCCGGCCGCUCGUCUUUGACGCCUGA